UCAUCGCGUUAGCUUCUCUGUUAUGACACGAGAAAGUCACCGGUAAAACGCUACUGUGUCGUCCCGUGCGAGGAGUGUCAAUAUUCGGCCCAGGUAGCUAAACAAAAACACGCUUUAACCAUGUCCAAGGUAGAUCACAUACCACAUUCCUUUACGGUGUCCCGCUGUUUAUUGUCGCGAUAAUCGCUUGUCACGGAUGCUAGCAAGGUUAGCUUAGCAAAGGCGUGCCACUCGCGUCAUCCAUAACCUGACGCUAGCUCAGAAUACGGCAAGCUCUGCGUCACCUUCUCUCCAACUUUUGGUCCUCGUUCUGUUUUAAAAGUGCACUAAUGGCGAGGAGCCUUGGUCCAAUAUGCAAGGCCUUUCAGCGGAUCGGCUCACUCUCAUCGAUACAGUCUCAACUCAGUCCCCCGUCCACCCGCAUCCCAUUCAGGACCAGCUCACGGGGCAUGCUGCAGGGGCCGUCAUCGGCCUUCUUCUCCAGGCCCCGGGACUUCAGCUUGCCAAACUCUUCAUGGGGACCAGAGAUGAUGCGGUUGUACGAGCAAUACAACAGCCAGUGUGAGGAGGAGAUGGAAGGAGGGGAGAAACGGGAAGGGCCCUGGCAGAGACUGCCGAGCUACAAUCGCUUCCUCAAGUAUGCUACAGGUGGAGUUUAUCUUAGUAGGAUGAUCCACAAAAAAGCUCGUCUUUUUACCCGGAACAACAGAGACCAGGGGGCUACAUUUGAGUACGUUUUAUUUUUUAAUAGUGAGGAGGACAAGUGUGUGGGCAUUUUCCAGGCCGGACAUCUACUGGAGGGGCCGCCAGGACAUGUCCACGGGGGGGCGAUAGCCACUAUGAUUGACACUGUGAUAGGGACUCACGCUACCAUAGCAUGUGGACCUGUUUUGACCGCCAACCUCAACAUCAACUACCGCAGGCCCGUCCCGCUGGGAAACACAGUGUUGCUUGAAUCCUCUCUGGAUAAGAAGGAAGGCAAGAAAGUAUUUGUCACAUGCAAGAUGACCAGCGGCGACGGCUCCAAACUGCACACGGACUCAACAGCACUAUUUGUGUCAAUCAAGGUCAGCCAACUUCUAAUGGGAUCGUGACACGAACACACCGGGCUACCACUUCCCUGAACACUGUCCGUAACCUCAGGCCACAGUGGGAGUGUGUGUGUGUGUGUGUGUGUGUGUUGUUGGUUUGGAUUAUUUAUUUUUAAGGUUAUAUUAGAGAUACAUUUGAAUACUUACACACCCACUGCUGGCAAUAUGUUAUCAGUAAGUACUGUACACAUUGAUUAAACACCUUUUACUUUACUGCCUCUGCUUAGUGAUACUAACAGUAUUGACAGUACAUUGCUAAGUAUUGUGAAUUCAAGUACCUUUUUAGACUUUAUUGAUUUUAACUUAUACAUUAUUGGUGGUUUUUAGUGUUGCAUUGAUUGUGAGAUUAUUGCUCAGUGUACUGAUGUGAUCCUCCAAAAAAGCCUUAAUGUUACCAUUUUAAGUAAAGAAUGUGUUUCUUUAGUUUAAAUGUCUGCAAAAUAAUGGUCUUUGAGUUGGAGUCGGACGUGUUGCACUUUUAAACGUUUUCAAGAACAUUUAACUUGUUCCCUAAAGUUACUUGUACAUUUAUGUUCAUAUUUUAGAUCCAUAUUUCUUCCACUGUGUAAAUUUGUCUUGUCUUACUGUCCAAUGUAUGCACCACCCGCCAUGACAAAUUCCUAACAUGCAAGGCAAAUAAAUAGUUCUGAGUCU